UUUAGUUUUUUGAACGUAUACACGACCAUGGGGAAAGGAAAACGUGGAGAUGGGCUGGCAAUUUGUGGUGCAGCGUGUAUUUGUUGCUGUACCGUGGUUAUCGUCUUAUCACUACUUGGACUCGGAAUCGCCAAAACAGCCAUGGGAGUCAUCCAUCUUUAUGACUGUCCUCUACAAGACAAGGUGCCCAUCUGGCUGAUCGUGAGCGGCAUUGCUCCAAUCUUCUUUGGCGGCUCGGCGAGUAAACAAGAUGAGAACGGUGAAGAGAGUCCAAGUACCGUGCGCUGCGUCUGUGGGAUCAUUGCGCUCAUCUUCAACCUCGCCUGGCUCAUUUGUGGAUCAUUGUGGGUGUACCCCACAUACGGAACGGUAAACAAAGACGACUUCGUGGCCUGUAUUGGCAACGCUACGACGAGCUGCUCUCAAGACUGCUAUAUGCCGACAUUGACCUUCGCGUUUGCCAUGGUCACACUCGACUGGAUUUUCUUCGUUCUCUGGUUUAUAAUAAUAAUGUGCUCUAUACAAGCAAGUUGCUGUCGAUCGCGUGGAGGAGCGCGGUAUGCCUAA